AUGAGUUGUACAACCACCCUCGAACUCUCCGAGUUCCAAACUCAAGCUGAGAUAUCCACCUACAACCCACCUCAUAUCCCAACCCACCACGAUAUCAAGAUCAACAGUCAUGAGCGUGACAACUUACCACCAGCAGCACCGGCAUCGCGCCAAAACCCCUCUAAACUCCGCAUCACUCUCACAAUCUUGCAACCCUGCCUCGUAAACUUCUUCUCCAGUUUCACCAGUGGAAUAAUAACCGUCGCCCUUCCCGCCAUCGCUUCAUCUCUAUCAAUCCCAGCUUCACUCUACUUAUGGCCCUCCUCAGUCUACGGUCUAACCAGCGGCGCCGCCCUUCUAAUGGCCGGCUCAAUCGCCGACCUAGUCGGCGCUCGAAACGUCGAAUUAGUCGGUAUUCUCCUGCUAUCCACGUUCGUCCUCGCUCAGUCUUUCUCAUCGACGGGAAUCCAAUUCAUCGUCUUCCGUGCCCUACAAGGCGUCGCGUUAGCAAUGCACAUCCCAGCAUCCGUGAGUCUCAUCGCAGCUGGUGUUCCAGAAGGAAGAGCGAGGAAUUUCGGAUUCGGAUGUUUAGGCAUGAGCCAGCCGUUAGGGUUUUCGGUUGGAUUGGUGGCGAGUGGUAUUAUGGUUGAGCGAGCUGGUUGGAGAUCUGCGUUUUAUUUGUCUGCUGCUGGAUUGUUCCUUGCGAGUAUACCGGCUUUUUGGGUUUUGCCCAAGGUUGAAGCAAAUCGGCAAAGAGAAUGGAGUGUUUGGAUGUCUAUAUGUAGGGAGAUUGAUUGGGUUGGAGGGGGGCUGGCAAGUGGGGGGUUGGCUAUACUUGCUUAUGUUCUUGCCAUCCUGAGCGCGGAUCUAGCAGCGUUCAAAAGGACCACCACCGUAGUUCUAUUCGUGGUUAGCGUUGUGCUCAUGAUUGCAUUUCCCUUCUGGAUGCACCAUCGAGAACGCUCGGGGAAGCCAGCUCUGGUGCCAAAUAGUCUUUGGAAAAACACCGCGUUCACAACAACCUGUAUGAUGGUCGCCUUAUCAUACGGCGUCGCGAACUCCUUGGCGCUGUUUUCAAGUCUGUUUUUCCAAGAAAUCCAAGACAAAUCAACCCUAACAACCUCCCUAUACCUCCUCCCGAACAUGGUCGUAGCGAUUCUCCUCAAUCUCAUAACAGGUCUCUUAGUCCACCGCUGGCCAGCGCGUUGGUUCAUCGUGAUCUCCUCCUUCCUCUGCGCACUCUCUCCACUUAUAAUGGCACUUGUCCCCCCUGGAUGGAGUUACUGGUACCUUGAGUUCUGGGCCCAGAUAUUUGCGCCCCUGAGUCUCCAAGUCUUAUACACAAUCGGUCUUAUCAUCGUGAGCAGCAGUUUCCCAGCGGAAACACAAGCGUUGGCGGGAGCGGUGUUUAGUACGGUUGGGACGUUUGGCAGUAGUUUUGGGAUUGGAAUGUGUCAGCUAGUGGCGUUGGGGGUUAUGGAUACUAAAGGUGAAGGGAAAAAUAAGGGACCUGGGGAUGACGGAGGCAGUCGCGGGGGCGCUUUUGGUGGGUAUGGCGAUGCGGAGGCAUUGGAGGGAUUCCGUGCUGCUUUUUGGACUAUGUUUGCUUGUAUGGUUACUGUAGGAUUACUCGCUAUGUAUGGCUUGAGAAAGACUGGAAAAGUGGGAGUGAAGAGGGAGUGA